UACUAUUUUUUUGUUUAUAUACCCGUUGAAUCAAACAACAUUUUUGGCGUAAGCUUGUGCAGAUUUUCUGUUAUGAAUUUUUGAGAAUUUCGAAUGCAAGAUGAGUCGAACGAAUGUUUCUUGCGUGAAAUGGGUGGACUUUAGUGAUCACAUGGUUUCCACCUUUAUGGAAGUGUACCUGAAUGCGUUAUAUACUGAUGUGACUUUGGUGUUGGCCGAUGGUGGUCAGCUAAUGGCCAGCCGAAUGGUAUUGUCGAUGGCUUCCCAGUUUUUUGACGACAUUUUCCGAGCUACAUUUGCUUCUGUCGGGUUUUGCGCCAAUGAUUUACAGGAAAGUAAAAUAAUGAUACCAGAUGUGAAGUUCAAUGUAAUGAAGAAUGUGCUUCAUUUCAUCUACACGGGGAAGGUGCAUAUGAACGCCCGUGAUAUGUCCGAUUUUUUCGAGGUUUGUAAGUUGUUACAACUAAAAGGACUCGACUAUCAGAAUGGGAAUAUAAGUGGUGUUAAAAUUAGUGGGUCCAACAUAAUCACUCCCGUCCAGUACGAUUACGAAGAAUUACAGGAAGCGUAUGUAGAAUCCACGGAUGGAGUCAUCGAAGAAUCUGAGGUAACUGUUGUCGAUCCUGGAAUUGAUGUUUCCGUAGACAGUGCUUUUCAACCACCCGAGGUCUCUAAAAGUACAUCCAUAGCAGAACAUACGGAUGUCUAUUACGAGGUUGACGUUGAUAUUGGCGUACUGGACACAAACACUAACAGUCAGGAUGCAAAGCCGGCAAUGCAAGCGAUUGUCAUGCAUGAUGACGACAUGAAGGAGAUCAAUCCACCGAUAAAUGCUUCCGACACGGAAGGAAGUGGUCACGAAAGUGGAGAACCUAGCGGACAGUCGAAAAAACGAACGAAAACUACUGAAUAUGGCAGCAGACUAAAUGAAGCGAUAAAUACGAUUAUCAACGGUGGAGCCAGCUUCCGAACGGCCUCUAUUCAGUUUGGCAUUCCUAAAACGGUUCUUUGGCGAAAAGCCGUCAAAGCACCAAACUAUAAAGCCGAACGCUGUGAGUUGCCAUCGCCAAGAAAGGAAGCAAUUGAAGCGUUAAAAUCAGGUGAAAAGCUACUAAACAUCAGUAAAAGAUUGGACAUACCGCUAUCCACGCUGCAUCGGGAUAAAUUGAAACUGUACAGUGAAGGUACCCUACCAGAGAACGUUUUGUUGAAACAACGAGACAAAGGCUCGGAUUUUAAGGAACGUGUCCUAGAGGCAGCACAGCAGUGUGUGGCAGGCUACAUGUCACAGUCGGAAGCAUCCAAACUCUACAAGCUACCGAAAACAACUAUUUGGCGAAAAAUAAGAGCAUUGAAAAGUGAGAAUAACAAAGCUAAGGAUGAAACACCCUCGGUGUCCGCAAAUUCUGUUGAAGAAGGUCUAAAAUCAGAAAUGAUUGAAAUGUUAGAAGACAACGAUGAUGGCACCGUGGGGAUGGAGGAACACCUGGAACCAGAUUAUGUCGUUUUAGUGUAAAAAAAAAUGAUUCCGAAUAUAGAAAAUAUAUCGUUAAUAAGAUAUUGGUUAAAA